UUCCGGUACUAUUUAUCAUCAAAGAAAAAUUUAUGCAGACCUCUACGACUACGGCUACGGACUAGAUUCUAAUGGUCAUAGAGAUCUGGUCUAGUUAGAUGUAGAUCUAGAUAUAGAUAUAAGGAAACCUGGUUUUAUUUUGACUAGCCUAGAGAUGACAACAAUUCUAAAUUAGACCUAGAGAUUGUAGAUCAAGUUGUAAUAUUUAUUUGUCUUUGAUCAACUCGAACUUCCAACCAAGUAAAUUGAAGCUAGUCUGACUGACUCACUGAGUAGUCUCUAACUAGAUCUAAUUAAAAUUAAAGUAAACUGAAUUACACUUUUUAGUAAUAUCUUACUAAACUGCAGACAUCAUGGGUCAAGCUGGUUCUAAACAAGAAAUGUUCUGGGAAGCUUGUGGUUUUGGUCGAGCCCACCUUGUGCAGAAGUUUAUUGAACAUGGCAUCGAUGUUAACUGGGUGUCCUCUAUACACGGCUGUAGCCCCAUUCAUGUAGCGUCACAGGGGAAAGCAGAUGUUGUGCAACUUCUGAUAGAUGCAGGUUGUGAUCUUUCUGUAGUGGAUUCAAGAGGAAAUACAGCUGUCCACCAUGCUGCCAUGCAAGGUCAUGCUGACAUUAUCCAGAUGCUUGUGGAUGCAGGUGCUGAUAUCAAUGCUCAGGAUAAGAAUGGCUGGACACCUCUACACUGUGCAGCCUACUAUGCCCAUUUGAGAGCCGUUGAAGUGUUGGUCAGAAACCAUUGCAAUAUAAGUAUAUUAAACAAGGAUGGUAGAUCUGCCCUUAUCGAGACAGCUCGCUCCAAAAAUUAUGAAGAGGAGAAAAUUUUGGGAGAAAUUGCCAGAUAUUUAAUCAAAGCCGGAUGUGAAGUUGACUUGAAAUGUACAGAUUUAGGAGAGGCCAAUUUCACUGGACUUAUGUUUGCUGCCUAUCACAAUCACCUGGAAGUGGCCUCGGCAUUCAUUGAGGGAGGUUGUGACCUAAACAGUGCAACUUGCUAUACCAAGUGGACGGCACUGCACUGGGCCAGUGACUGUGAUAAUGCAGAAAUGGUGUAUCUGUUGCUUGAUGCUGGAGCUGACCCAACAAAAACUGGCAUGAGAGGAGAGUUGGCUUCAGACAGGUCCAAAGAUGUCGAAACCAAAGAAAUACUGGAUAAAGCAGUUUUAACGUUCCGUGAAGGAGAUAGAGGGGAAACUACCUCACUGUCUUCUGCUCAUUCAAUGAAUGCUCAGGCAUCUCUGGACACAGCCAGAGCUUUAGAGAGCUUAUCAACACAUGCCAAAAACAGAGACAUCUUGUCUGUGCCACUACCAACUAUGCCAGCUUUGGGCAUCGCCUCCAGAUCUGAUCCUAAGACAAGGUACACAAGAAGGACGGUCACUGAGGUUGCAGUGAAAAAUGUCAAUGCCAACUUUCCAUGGAAGAGUUACUCCAAGCAAGGGUCCCCGAGCCCAGACAAAGAUGGACAAGGUGGCGAUGAAGAGAAGAGAAAAAUGUUCCCUUCACAGGAUGACAAGACCAAUGCAUUCAUGGACUCAUUGGCACAGAGGAUUAACUACAUGACCAGCAAGAUAGCAAUAAUGGGUCAGACCGACCCCAAACCACAGUCGAAUGGCACCCUGGAGGACACGACCUUAAAGUCCUCCAAUGGGUGUGACAGCCCAGGCGACUCAGGCCUGUCCACAAGGGUCUCAUCUGAGCUAACCACUCCAGAUGAUGGUGUCCAAGGCUCAUUAUCUCUAAACCUCAAACAGGGUUCCGCUAAUGAUGAUGACAAGAAAAGCCUUAGCCCCAGAUCCCCAAGAUCCACUUCUGGGACGUCGUCGAAAUUGUCCAGUCCAAGCAAGCAUGACAUGCUGGAUGCAGAAGCGGACCAUGAUAUCAUCGAGGAAAGCCACAGGGGGUUCGCCAUUCUCCGUGCUUUGCAGGAAAGGCAUAGACGCAGCAUGUACCUAGAGGAGACAACUGUGGAAACAAAGGUUACUCCUGAAAGUGCAGACAAGUCGGAGAUCCUGUCUACGGUGUAACCAAUCCAUUUCUUGAUUUUAUAAUGUUUUUCUAUUAUCAUCUCUGGAGAGAUGUCCCUAAAUUAGCUCUGUAUUAUGGAAGUAAUAAUUAUGUACAGUUGUAUAAUUGUAUUCAAUCUCAUACCUAAAUUGAUUUUAAAAUAUAGACAUUGUUCUAGGUAUGUUAAGAUAGCUUUGUAAUGUAAAAAUUAAUUAUAAUUAUAAAUCUUUUUUCUUUUUUUUGUUUUUUAAUAUGAAUUUAUUAUUUAUUUGUGCUUAUUAAGUUCUGUCUUAAAAUAACAUAUUAUAGGCCCCUAACUAACUCCAUUGCUUGCUAUUUUUUAAAGUCAUAUUUUGUUUGUCUUGAACUCAGUUCUCCCAAUACAAUGUUGUUUUUUUUGCUUGAAUUUCUUAUUUUUAUUUUUUUUCUUCCCCUUUUCUUCUUUUUAAUUGUUUAUUCAUAUUUCUGAAUUCCAGAAUUUGUGUAUAUUUAUUCAGAUUUGCAUUGGUAACUUUUCACAAAGCCCUGAAUUCGAAUCCUUUUAAUCAUUUAUAUUUCUUUCAUACCUCAGUGUAAAUUUUAUCAGCACUAGUCCUGCCCAUGUGUCAAACUUAUUUUUUUCUUUGUUUCUGUGCACAGCACAAACUGAAUGACUGACUAGAGUUGCACCACCAAUUCUGUUGUGGCAUUCCAAUUUUAAAAAACAACAAAGUAACACAGGAAUUAUUUCAUACAAGUGAUUACCUACUAACAUAACCGAGAGUUUCAAUUUGUCUGGAAGAUAUUAAACUAUGCGUUAUUGAAUCUAUUCCCAAAAAAGUUUUGAAAGUGCCAGAGAUUGUUUCGAUUGCUAGUUUUACUUGAAUAUUGCUGCACUCUAUUGGUAAUACAACUUUCAUUCCUAUGUUCUAAUAUUUCUGAGCUACUUCUCUCAAAACUUUAUGGUAACUUAAAAGAAUUACUAGUCUAUUAUUUCAAUAACAAAAAUUUUCUAGGUGAAACAAAAAUUCUAGAAGGCCAUCUAGAGUUACUUGGAAAUAAGUAGAUUUCAUUGUUUUUUUUAAUUUAUUUGUAAAGAUAGUUGUAUAUAUGUGUUGGAAAGUUUUCAGUUCUGUUCAUAUAUAAUUGAAUUUACUUCUAGAUAAAUGCUAAGCAAUCUAGUUCACACGCUUUUUUUAAACUAGAUGGACAUUAUCUAUUACUAGGCUCAAAACUACCAGUAUGUCUAUUUGUAUUUAUUGUUUAGUUACAUGUUAGGUACAAAGACCUGUACCCUCUUUAAAAAGUUUUUUUUUUUUUAAUGUUAUCUUUCCAAAAUUGCACUAACCUAUAUGAAUGACACUGUUGCUAUCUUCAUCAUUCCUGUUUGUUAUGAUACCUUGGAAGUUUCUAACACUGAUGAACUAUGUGACUUCUUUCCAUCUUGCUUUCCCCCACCCCCACCCUUUCUUUUUCAUGUAUUUUUGAGCCAUUUCUCAAUAUGGGUUCAGGGUUGCGCCUAGGUUACACCUUGUUGAAUUUGCACAGCAUAACCUAAAUUAGGUUGUCACACAUAAUACAAAAGGUUGUGAGAUUUAUUGCCAGUUGUAAUUGUGGCCAGAAUUUUUGUGAUUUUUAAAGUAAACCUUUUUUUUUAGUGCUAAAACAUUUUGUAUUUCCAGUCAAAUAUUUGAUGUGUAUUCCAAUUUGGUUCUUUUUCAAAAGACUAUCUAAAGUCUGUUAGCUUUUGGUCUGUAUCUAUAGAUUGGAAGAAAUGGUUUCAGUUUCUUGUUUUAAAAUUGUUGAUGGGGCUAUUUCUGUCCCUGGCAACGGAUUAUACUUAACCUUUAAUCUGUUGAAUUGAAGUUUAACUGUUAUUGUCUUGUACUCAUUUAUGAAUGAUAAAUUAUUCCUCAUCUAAUUAACAUCACGACCUUAGCACUGUGAAACUAAUAUGGCAAAGGAGAUGAUUUGUUGUGUUGUCAAUUAAGGGUGCUGGGGAUUUACAAAUACAAAAAUUUGCUAUGCACACAAACUUCUACAUAUCACUCUUUAAGAGCUUUAAAACUAAUGGAUGUGGAACACAUUAAAAAAAAUAUUUUUUGAGGUUACCUUCUGUCCAUGAAGUAUGGUAAAUUGUAUUGUACCUGCUUUUUUAAAAAAAAUCAUCAAUAUGCUGAGUUUCAUUUGGGAAGGGCGCAAGAUAUCAUAAUGUAGUUUCAUUUUUUCACACAGAAAUCUAAAUAUCUACAGAAGGCUAAACUUUCAGGAAAAUCAAUGACUCUUUAUUUCAUUUCCUCAACGUAUAGUCCUGAGAGAAAUUUCACAGAUGUUGCUUUCAUAAAGUUGACUGAAUUUUUUUUUUUAUUUUUUUUUUUUAAAACUAUAUCAAUAGAUUGAAUAUUAAGCAAUAUAUUUAGUGGUAAGGAAGUAAACACUGGCUCUUUACUCAUAUAAUAAUGGGGCGUCUCUUGAUAACUUUCGCUUUCGAGUCAAGAACAUUGAUGUUUGAUGUCGUCUUUCUUCACCUGUUGAAGAGCUCAUUAUCUAGCCUACAUUGCUAUUAAGCUUUUUGUUAGGCUAUGUUAAGCCUCUGACAGGCUUGGAUUACUGUCACCUCUUUUUUUCUGAUGAAAAUAUGAAAUGAAAAGAUGUUUACUCCCAGUGUUCGUUACUAGAGAGAUGGGUUUCAAAACAAUUUUUUUACUUACAUUUUUUGUUUCUCCCGGCUAGUGUUGUCAACAAUGCUUUGUGAUCUGUUGGGUUUUUUUUAUCCUCAAAAUGAUGGUGAUUUCAAUGUGAUUUCAAUGUUUGCCUUUACUUAGUUCAGGAAAAAACUUGUAUUGAUGCAAGUUGUAUGCUCAUACAAUUAGUUCCGUCAACUACAGUCACUGGUGCAAGUAGGUCUUGGAUGAAAGAAUUAGGCUUACAACUUACACUAAUCCAAUGCUAGAGUCCAGUGAGGUUGAAAUCUUGGUUGAGCCCACAGCCCCAGAAGUUGUGCAAAUAACUAGUUCUUUCUAUCUUUAAUUAUCAGUUAAAUAUCCCUCAACUUUUUUUCUUAUACACCACCCCUUUAUAUCUUUAGUCUAAUCAUUAAAUAUUUGGGACCAGGAUUGUCAUUUAUGAUUGAUGUGUACUUGCAUAACCAACAAAAUUUUUGUUGAAUUUCUACACAGAAAGGUAGAGUAAAAACUAACACACAGAAAUACACUGAUUUAUUCUAUUUCCCCUAACAUCCACGAAUGUUUUUUUUAAGUUCUUAAGUUAUAGUUUUUUUCCAUAUUUAUAUUUCAAGUUAUUGAAAUCCAAUUUUUUGGAGAAGAAUAAAUUAAUUUUGUAUUGUAUAAAAAAAAAAGAACAUACUGUCAUUGUAUCUUAAAAUAACAGUAAUGUUUGCUGCUUUUUUUGUAUGAUUAAAGCUUAAGUGUUAAGCUGUAAAGUUUUUUCAUAGGUUUUUUUGCUAUUUAUCUUUAUCAUUUGUGAAGAUUGUAAACUGAGUUAACUGCAUUUAAAAUUCUUAUACCUAAUGUACACUUGAACACUACAUGGUGCUAUAUUUUCUGUUGUUCAUAUGUAUGUGAGAGUGUAUUUAGUCCACUAUCCAAUGAAAAUUGGUUUCCAGAAAUUGAAAUGAUGUUGGUUAUAUUGUUGUACUAAAUGAAUUUUAUUAUAUAGAGGUUUUAAAACUAUAUAUAUAUAUCAGACCUGCAUAUUGUUGCAACAUUAUGCAAUAGUCGAGUUUGUAGUAAAUCCUAAAAUAUCUAAAUUAUCUCGUAACACAGGACGUGUUUGUUUAGUCAAAAUGAAAUCUAUUGUCCAAACCAAAAAGGAAAGUAGAUGAUGGCCAGAUUUUGGAAAUUGUUUUCAAUGCAUAAUUCUUGGGAAAGUCUUGUCAGUUGAAUAUUGUAACCAUAGAAUGAGUAUAAAGUCAAUGACUAGCUAUACUUAAUGCUAGCUGGUGAAGUACUUCAGAUUAUUGACUUGCCAGUAAGGAAAUACUACCAGUUAUCAUAAUCUACUGGAGAUUCAGGCAACAAAAUAAUCAUAUUUUUCACAAGACAACAUAGUUGUAACAUAUACAAUAUUCUUUAGCUAAAUAUGAUCGCUAUUAAAAAAAAAAAACAGCUAUCUAAAAACAGAAAAGUAAUCCACUUGACUUAUGCUGGGUUUGUGUUUUAUCUCCCUUUUCUAGCUACUGUUUAGUGAAUCAGUUUUAAGAAAUGUUUCCAAAAGGUUGUGUGUGUUGAGCUCAGAUGUACAAUGUGCUUCUGACUCUGAGGACUGAUGUUUGCACUGAAAGUAGUGCAUCCGUAUGACUAUGGUACUUUAUUGGGCUUUUGGCGUUGAUUAGUUAGCAUUAAUAUUAUAAAAAGAACAAUGAAAUCAGAAAAGAAAAAAACUCUUCACAUCAAAUCUAUUUCUAGUUUAUUGUACAGUUUCUGACAAAAGUACAUUUCUGCUUUGUGUAAACUGAUUUUGAAAAAACAACUAAAUGCGCAAUCUUAAUAAUGCUUGUUUUCGCUUCCUUUUGUUGAUCAUGUCAUCAGUAGAUUUUUUAUCUUCAAUGAUAUUUUUGUUCAAUUUUCAAUAAAUUGUUAUUAGAAUAAUUUUUGGCACAUUAGAAAGUUAUUUGAAUAGUUAAAAAAAAAUUGACCAAAUAGGAAAAAAAAUCAUUGUAAAGUAUCUGCUCUUAAAAGAAAAAAUAAGAAACUAGUUGUACAUGAUGUGCGUCUAAGGUCAAUCAGAUUGUUCAAUUUCACUUAUAAUUUAAAUGCAAGUUGUGUUUGUAUGCCUGCUUGUGCUAUUCACUCAGGACUUCCUUCUCCUCACCUUGAUCAAGUCCAUUGUAAUGCUGUUUUAUACAUCCAAUUAUGUUGCUGCAUUUGUGCUAAAGUAAGGGAAGACAAUCUUAGAGCACUUCACCCUUCACUUUGUUACCCCCCCCCCCCUUUUAAAUUGUCCACCACUCCUCAGACGUCCAAGAUUCUAUUGAGAAGUUAAGUCCUUUUUAUGAAAGUAUAAUUCUUCUACACACAUUAUGAAUUAUGUUUCAUUUUAGGAGCAUGUGGCCACCUUACUGUACUUGUUUGUAAAGUUUAGUGGCAAUCACAUGACUUUCACAACUGCAGUACAGAAUGGCUUGUCCUUUUAGUCUGUCCUCUCCUGUUUACCAUUCAUUACUGAGAUCUUAACUCUUUCUCUCUUAAUUGACGAUACCAGCGUUGAUUUGACCUCAUUAAAUUAAAUUAAUGUGUAAUUUUAUUUCACUUUAUUUUGUCUUAUAUAAAAAAAGAGCAUGCAUUCCCCUUUAAUUCUAUACCAAAUAAAACAUUUUGUGGUAAGAAUAUUUUCUGGUAAGAAAGGACGAAGCUAUUGAAGCUUAAUUAUAACAGGGUAGUGAAAUAGUCAUGAGCAAAAGGAAGAAUUCCGUCGAAACGUGGAAAAAUAAUUAUGGAAAGAGUUAAAAAUUUUUUGUUCUUUUGCGCAUAGUGAAAAAGGUUUGUCUUUUUUGCAGGAUUGCUUCCAUCCCAUCCUCUAUAGUAAUAGUAAUGAUUCAUUACUUUUCUGUAGAACAACCUUUUUGAGAACCAUGGAAAUUCUCUUCAGCUCUUUGUUUAAACUGCUCAUAUAAAAUAAGUUCAGGGGGAACUGGCUGGAAGGUGUUGUUGCUCACAAAAGAUAGCUGUAUAGAAACAUUAUGUUGCAUGCUGUCAUCACGUUAGAUAGUGCAUAUUAUGAACAUCAUGCAAUUAGUGUUGUAUAUCCCUCCCAUUGUACAUAUUUCCUGGUUCAUUCAUGAAUUAGUCUGCUCAGACACAUAAAUAUUUAUAUAUAUAUAUAUAUAAAAAUGUAUUUAUACAGUGUAUCAAUAUUAAUUACUAAUACUUUAUUGUUAUUGUAUUUGACUCCUUUGCUUCUGCUGCCUGUAUUCUUAACCUUUGGUAAGAUAAUACUUCAGUCCUGUGAUUUCAAGUAUCAGUUUUUCUUGUCAAAUUUUUUUCUUCCUUUAAGACCUAUCAAACAACAUAGUUUACAAGAGUGUCAGUUAGGUUUUUUUUACUUUCACCAACAUGAGAUACUCUCUCGAUUAGGUAGGUGAAUUCAGAGACAUUCUACAUUUUUGAAAUAAAUCUCCACCCUUCACUAAGAUUUCUGCCUAAACCCAUGCUUAAUUAUGUUAUUAAUUAUAUUCAUCUCAUUAUUUCUUGUCUACCAUGCCCUUUGUUCAGAAAUAAAAUAGAUAAUUUCUUUUUCCUCAGAGAUCUAAUUGAAAUAAGUUAAUUCCAAGUGAUCAUAAUAUAUAAGAAUUAUUUCUUGUUAUUUAUACUGGUACUUUAUAUUUUGCAGAAGUACUGGUACCUAAAACUUUGUAGCAUUUUUUUUUGUUGGGGAAAGGCGUGUAUUAAGGAGUCUUUUUUUAUAGCAAAUAUAUUCUGUGGAAUUAAUUUUGUGUUUAUAAUCAUUUUAGUUGGCUCAUUAAGAAAAAGAGAGCAAAUUUUAUAAGUAUUUUUUUUUUGUAAUGUGCCUUAUUUGUGUGUGAUAUGUUGGACUAUUUAUUUCAGUUCAAUGGCAGUCAUAUUUUGUUUUAAUAUUUAUUUUUUGUUCUGCAAUUUUGAAAAUUUGGCAAUUAAGUUUGUGCAAUAUGAGAAUCAAAGCAACAAGGAACUCUUUAGGUAUUGCUUUUUUUUCCUUACAAUUAAAAAAUAAUUGUGAAAGGUUAUUGAAAAUUAACAGGCUUUGAUAAUUAGCUUUAUUGGUUAGAAGAAUGACUAGGAUAAUUGUUUAUUAAUAUAAUAAUUUCUCUUGAUUUUCUAACAAUUUAUAUUAUAUUUUAGACACUGUAGUGCUAUUUAUAUGAAUGUAUGUUUUCUAGCUUUAUGUGUAUCAUGUUAUAAAUUACCAUUCUCAUUUGUAGCUUUUUAUAUUGGUAUGUAAACUUGAAAGGAAUGCAGUGAUGUUUUUUAUGUUCAUCAAUAGCUCAACCGCAUUCUGAUAUACUAUUAUAUUGUUGUGUAUAUGUGUAUCUAAACUAACGACAGAAUCUAUCUAGAUGCUAAUAGCACAUUUUCUUUCAAAAUCGCCUGCUUGCUUUUUUCAUUUGUGUUCUUUUACAAAUAUUAAUAUUGUUAGUUCAUGGGGAAAAAAUGUAUGCCACAAGUUUCAUGCCAACACGUGUAAAUUUUUUGUUCUGAGUUAAUUAUUUAUGUUGUUUCUCUUGUUUUACCCACCUUCAUGUUUAAAAUUAGAAUGAGAAAUUUGAGUUUAAAUGUCUGCUUGCUUUUUAGAAUUUUUUUUUUAAGUGCCAGUUGCUUUGAGUUAAACAGAGUAAACAAAGUAAUUCUGCCUUUCUGAACUUAACUAUAAAUGUUAAUCCUUUUUUUUUUCAUUUACUUCUAAAUUUAUGGAUCCUGAGAUGCUUCUUUAUUUCCAUUAAUAUCAUUUAUUAUUGUCAGCGAUUCUUAUUCUGUAUGCUAGGGCAAAUUUGUUCUUUCUUAGAUCAUGGAACAGGCUGUCUGAAUCAUCCAAGAAAAAAAUUGUCUUAGCAAAGUUUAAGUCUAAUUAACAUGCAUGACUAGAUAAACACCUGGAUAUGUGUUGGUUGUAAUUAUAUUUUUUUUGAAGGAACUUUAGUUAGUCAGAUCAGAAAGAAAAGUUGCUUUUGAAACUUUAUUCAUUGAAGAAUCUCCAUUUCGUCAGUUUAUUUAACGAGUUAUUUCAUUUAGUUUUCUUGUUUCUGAAAAACUUUAUUGCAUUAUUACAACUCUUUGUUAUGUUGACAUUUGAUCAAAUCAGCCAAAACUUUGCUUGUUUUAUUUGUUCUCUUCUUUAUUGGAAAAAUCAAACCAAAAAUGUAUCCAUAUUGUUUUCUUUUUCUCAUAUAGUUUUAUAAUCUGCAUGAUUUAAAGUUGUUUGUGUAUCCCUUAUUCCAGUUGAAUGAUGUAAACCUAAGUUUCAAUUCUCUUUUGAGAUUCCCUUUUUUUUUAGAAUAUGAGUUUUAAGCAUCAUUUGUCCUUUUGUUUAUUUUAUGAUUUUGUAUCACUCUAGUUCACUUUGAGGAUCAAGUUUUAUUUCCUUUUUUUUUUUUUUUUUGGGUUUUUAAAUUGUAAAAUGUAUCUCAAUAUAAAGUGUAACACUUGAAUGUGAAACAAAUACCAGUGUUACAACAAAACUUAUGUAAACCACUGUACCAUCCUCCCUGAUUGGUUUUCAAAGUUCAGCAAAUAGCCAGGCAUAAAACUUAAGAAUUUUUUUUUACUUUUUUUUUUUUAAUUCACCUAUUUAUGUGUAGAAAGAUUGUAUCACUGCAUUUAUUGAAAAUUGAUUUUUUCUGUGUGUUGACUGCAAUGUGUUCAGGCCAGUUCUGGACUCUUUAUGUAUAUUUAACGUCAUUCUUUUUUUAUAUAUUUUAAGUAAGCCAGUUGUUUAGAGAAAGAAGGAAAUUUUAUUUAACGCAAGUAUGUAACUACGUUUAGGCCUGCAAUCAAUAUUUCUGUAACUCAUUACCACCUUUGUAAAAUGCUUUACUCUAUGAAUAGUUAUUUGGCUCUACUUUAGCUUCUGCAGAUUCAGAUUGAUAUCUUACAAUUAUUUUGCAGAUAAAAUUUUGUAGUUCAAAUGUUUUAGUCAUGGUAAUUUUUUUUGGCUUGCUUUUGAUUCCCCCCCCCCCUCCUUUUUAUUUUUUUUUUGGUCAUCAGUGACCACUAUCUAAAUUGACUUUUCUCAAAGUGACUUGACCCUAUAAAUGUCUCUAACUUAAUAAAGUAAUACAGGCCAGCAGCUUACUUUUAUUUUAUUGAUACAAACUGCUAUUUAAAAAAACACAUUUGUCUCCCUUCUCAGUGAAAAAGAAAAGCAAAACAUGCCAACUUUGUUGGACAAAUGUGAUGUCGCAUUAAUGAUCACAUCUUCUAUUUUCUCUUAUUCCUGUAAAUUCAAAUCACUUCGCUUUUGUAUAUACACACCAAUCUUUAUCUUAUAAGUAGAAUCUCAGUCAGAAUAUGGAACAAGUAUUUUAUUGUAGCUAUUACAUUUUUGUCACAACACAAUGUAUUUGAAUUAUAAACUGCACUACAAUUAGAAUCUUUAAAUAUUGUAGUCUUCUGGGGAGUUUAUUCAAUAGUUUAAAUUUUGUCUCUACUAGAUCUAGUUAUCUCACCUUUACUGUAGAUGUCUUUUCCUCAACAAUGUAACAGUUCCCUCCCUUGUAUUUUUGUCUUUCAUGCUCAUAUUGGAAAUCAAUAAAACUACAAAAAGCCA